UGUCAGUAUAGCAUAUUUCAUUCAUCCAUCAAAAUUGUCAGUGAGAAUGACCAACCAUUUUGGCAAAUUCAUCAACAAAAUCCUCAGUGAACUGAAACCAACCAUAUUCAUCCCGACAAGAAACCGAUCUAUUUUUCGCGGUUCUAAAGCAAAACAACAGAACCUCUCACCAUACAUAAUCCUCAAGGCAACUAAAGAGGACUAUGACCAUGUCCUGAAACUGAUGCACGAAUGUUUCUACAUCGAAGAACCGACAUGCUUGAGCUUGAAUCUGAACCACAAUACAAUCCUGGAUGAAACCGCCUUGAAAAACAUGGCAGAAGGUAUCACUCUAGUAGCCAGAUGCAAAUACGAUGGGUGUAUUGUAGGGGCUUGCAUCAACAAUACCACGAACCCUUGGGAUCCAGAUUUGAAGGAGAAACUGGCUUGUAACGUCCAAUGCACGAAGACUAAACAACUCUUGCUCUUUCAAGCUCACGUACAGAGAUUUCCUAGACUGUGGAACUGUUACGAUGUUCAAAAGGUAUUCGAAAUAUCGAACGUAUUUCUAAAGAGGGAGCUUCGCAAGACCGACAUCAUGGAGAAAUUAGUACGGGAAUCCAAAGAUUUGGCAGCUGAUUGUGGGUACAAAGUUGUUAGACUUGAUGCUACAAGCAAGAAUUUGGUGGAAUUAUGCAAAAAAGUGAAUAUGGAACUAGCAGCUGAAAUACCAUAUUGCAUGUAUAUUGGAAAGAAUAAUAAACCCGUUUUUGAUCCACCACAUCCCAAUGACUCCGUUAAAAUCUAUGUGGAUGUGGAUCCCCAAAUCAAGAAGGUUGUUGGGAAUGAUAGUUCUAUCUCAAAAUGAAAUAUUGAAUGUGACAUAAUCAUAUGAGUUACCACAUGGAAUUACCCAUAUUCGAAUAAAGUAGAUAUUGAAACUCUUCUUCAAACUGUGUAUCAUUGGCCAUAUAUUGAUUGAGCAAGUGGAAUUGAACAUUUUUUCAAUAGAAACAAUGAACAUUCCCAUCAUCAAUUCCUUGUUUUCUGCUGUUGACAGCUACUCAAAUAAUAUACUCGAUGAUAUAGUCUGAAAUCCCAAUAUGGGGAAGUUGGGCUCCAUAGUCAGAAUAAACAGAAUUUUCGACUGUGAACGGAGCCUAUUCGCCCUAAAAGUCGAAAUUUCUGGAAAAUUCGACACUCAAGUUCAAUAUGAAACCGACGCCAUAUUAGUUGGCUCAAACCUCCUCCGCCUUUGACGAAAAAAGAAAAAAUCUCCACAUAGCGAUCACAUCCUGAUGAAUUGUAAUACAGAAGAGUUGAUUCAUUUUCAGAUGAAAUUGUUGGAA